UGUGGCUACCACCGUUUCCGCAAAACCAGCCAAUGCUCCACAGGAACAUGCCAACCUGCAACCUCCUGUUAAGUGGGGCCAUUCAUUUUACUGGAUGUUUGGCCACACAGACACUAAGAAUGUUGGCCCUGUUUGGCCUGCAGUGCAUCAGUGCCAGCAGUUUCUUUCGCCAUCAGCGCCGCUACACCAUCCCUGUAAUCGUUCAGGCCUGGCAGAAUGAUCAAGCCAAGAAUUUUAGUGACCUACGGGCAAUGGAUGGCGGGCUAGUUCUUGCUGGUGACUGCAUGUAAACCAGUCUGAGAGCUAGACCAGUUCCACGUUUUGAUUUUGUUAUUUGUUAUCAUGUAGGGUGGCUUUAGUUGGCAUUUGCAGUUGACAUGGUGGAUUGUCUUUACAGACCAUGGUUUUAAAAACUUGAAACAUAAAUUGUAAUUAAUUCCAGGUCAGAUUCUCCUGGGCACUGCGCAAAGUAUGGGUCAUACUCUCUGAUAGAGGACAGAGUGAACAAGGUGGUGGAUGUUCAGCUUGUUCAGAGCUCAGAGGUCCCCAACAGCUCAUGUUGUGAGCUUGAAGGCCUCAAGCGCAGUGUUGGCCUGCUGAGGGGAAACGACCUGCAUUUGGUAACGCUGAUCACGGACCGACAUUGGUUGCCAAAUGGGUGAGAGAGGAGCUGAUCCCUGAAGGGACACAGCAUUAUUUUGACGUGUGGCACAUUGCCAAAAGUCUGGGGAAGGCAUUGGAUGCAGCAUCCAAAGAGUGUGACCAACUACAGUUGUGGAGGCCAGCUAUAGUGAAUCACCUCUAUUGGACUGCAGCCUCAACCCCAGAUGGCAACCCAGCGGUCAUGGAGGCCAAAUGGAGAAGUUUAGUGAACCACAUCCAGGACAUCCAUGACCAUGACACCCCUGCCUUCUCCAGUUGUGCCCAUGGCCCUCUAGAGUCUAGACGAAGAUCAGCGCAACAAAGAGUGGCUGGACCCAGUCUGUGUGUCUGUCUGCCUCCCUGCCUACCUGUCUUGGUCUUUUCAGGCUCAUUGGCAGCAGUCAAGUUGGAGAACAUAAUGAUGAGGGCUGCCUUACUGAAAGAUGUUUGUCAGCUGUCUCCACAGCACCAGACCUUCUCCCUUGAGGCUUACCACUCCCUCAUCUUGCACUUCGCGCCCAAGCACACAGGGUUUUCAUACCUUGGGAUGUAUAGCAGGCUUCUCUUAGCGGCGCUGCAUUAUAAUCACAAUGCCAAUCGCGAGACAGCACGGAGAAGUGACGGGACGGAGAAGUACUGCGUGCGGUAUCCGCGCUUCAGAAAAGGUGCCCAUGUGGUGCGUCCCAUCAAAGAGGCAGCCUCAUACGGUUAUGCAACAUCAUUAAUGAAGGCCCUUCGGGAGAGCUACGCCAAUUCACCCACGGUUCUUCGAGAGGUUGGAGCCAAUUUGUCCUCCGAUGCACCCGCCCCCAUCGCCAAAUCCUUCGAACAGAUUCCUAAGGAGGAGGCCAUCAGCCUCUACCUAGCCCGGCAGUCACGCUUCAAGAAAACCUAAUUUCACAUUAUUAUUUUUUUCCACGGACAAGUCCAAUGAUUUAGUUGUUAUUAUUUGCAUGAAAUUUCUUUGUAUGUAAUUCAAAAUAAUUUGGUAAUCAUUUUACCUGUGCCUUGUCAACCUCUGUGUGCGGUGUUGUCUGGGCUCACUGUGUCUGCUUGAUGUGCUUUUGCAUGUAUCACUGCAUGUAUGCAUGCAUGAAAUAGUGUGUGUGUGUGUGUGUGUGUGUGUGUGUGUGUGUGUGUGUGUGUGUGUGUGUGUGUGUGUGUGUGUGUGUGUGUGUGUGUGUGUGUGUGUGUGUGUGUGUGUGUGUGUGUGUGUGAGAGAGAGAAAGAGAACCAUCAACUGACCCUCGGGUAACUGACCCUCAGAAUUAAUUAGAAUUAGAAUUAAACAUUGCGGGUCUAGCCCUUCAUCAGUGUUCCUUGUAUGUUUUGUGCCUAACCAUUUUUUUAUAUAGAUUUAAUUCCAACCCGUGUCUUUGUUCAGUAACCAUUACAAGCAAUGCCAAUCAACUUUUUUUUAUCAAAAAUGCAUGUGUUCUGUGUACUUUAUAACAUUUUAAGGGCAAUUGAAUUAUCACAACAGAAUAAGCAUAACUAUUAUUUUUAUUCAUUUUCAUCCAAACAAGGCCAUUGAAAGCCCUGAUAGGUCUGGUCACCAUUCUUGAAUUGCUGUCUGAUGGUUGAAACCACACAAGAGGGUAGAGGCUUCCUUAUACUCCUCCCUAAAACGCCAUAAGCCCAGAGUGUACCGGUAUUGCCUAGGGAUUAGUAGGAAAGAUUCUUAAGUUUAAAACUCUGUAAGUAGGUUGGAAACGUCAUUUUAAGCCUGUUUCUUAUGCAUGUUUAUUGUGUAUGCAACACAUCUCCGGUCACCUAUAACUGUUGGUUCAAAUGACUCAGUGUAAAAAGAUUUGUAAAGUAAACAUAAACCAUGAACAUA